CAACUUUCAAAAUCAAAAAAACAAAUUAACAUCAAAAUAUUGCAUACAGAAACAAAGUUAGCGAUAGACCCGAGGAAGAAGAUUCACAUAAACCCCUCAAUUUCAGUGCUUUUUUCAAAAUCACUUCAAACAAAAACAAAAUGUUAUUAAUUUAGAGUAUAAUAUAAUGUGAGAGAUACGAGAUGAGGAAAACUCAAGCCAAACGACAGCGUAUUCCCCGGAGAGGACCUGGCGUUGCCGAGCUUGAGAAGAUCCUCAAGGAGCAAGAAAGCGGCGGCGCCUCCACUGAUCAACACAUUUCGCCCCACACUAAUUCUACUUCUACUGCUACUACUCAUCCGUUAUCGUUAAACCCUCCACUGCCUCCGCCGCCGCCUCCCCCUCCGCCGCUUGUUCAGAUAAUGACGCCGUCGCCGACGCCGCCGCCGCGUGACUAUGUUUCUUGGACGAAUAAUCUUCCGUUGUUUCCAACUCUUGAAUUUAUUCCCCCGCCUUAUCUGCCAACCGUCGCUGCCGAAAAACCCUUGUUUCCGACAACACGAAUAUCGGAGGCGUCGCAGUUGAAUUUGGCUCCGUAUUUUCUCCCGACUUUUCAAUUCUCUGCUUCGUCUUGCAAUCCUGACCAAUAUUAUAAUCCGAUGGUGAAUAUUAAUCAAGGAUCUGGAUCAUCGUGUCCGUCAGCCACAUCAUCGUCGGCGGGGAGAUAUCUUCGUGAAAUAGAGCACCCUUCAAGCCAAAUAUCUACGGAUUUCAACAACAUUUGGACCUCGCCGGAAGAACAAGAAAAGGCAAAUUACUUCUCCUUACUUUUCUUUUUUUGA